GCUUCCUAGAUAGCUAAUUAAUUGCCUCCAAAUCAUGACACAAACCGCUGCAGUCCUACUAGCCGACGUCGCCCGUCGCGCUAAGGAGGUGUCUUCCCGGUACAUCCGUCCGCCAUCUUCGCGUCCAAAUAUCGCUGACGUCGAAUCCUCUAGCGCCGCCAUCAUCCCUCUGGUCGACCUGCGCGACCUCUCCGGGUCCGGCCGCGCCGCCGCGGUCCAGGCCAUCGGUUCAGCUUGCCGAGGCCAUGGAUUCUUUCAGGUCGUCAACCACGGAAUCCCCGACGACGUGAUCACCUCCAUGCUGCGCGUCGCCAGGGAGUUCUUCCGGCAGCCGGAAUCGGAGCGGCUGAAGAUGUACUCCGACGAUCCAUCGCGGACGACGAGGCUGUCGACGAGCUUCAACACGAGAACAGAGGAGGUCGCCAGCUGGCGCGACUUCCUCCGCCUCCACUGCUUCCCUCUCGAGGACUACGUCCACGAGUGGCCGGCCAAUCCCCCUGCUUUCCGGGAGGCGGUGGCGGAGUACGCGGUGAACGCGAGGCGACUGGCUCUGAGUUUGUUGGGAGCCAUCUCCGAGAGCUUGGGUCUGGAGACGGAUUGGUUGGUGGCGGCGCUGGGGAAGCAGGCGCAGCACAUGGCGGUGAACUACUACCCGCCGUGCCCUGAGCCGGAGCUCACCUACGGGCUGCCCGGCCACAAAGACCCCAAUGCCAUCACUCUACUCCUCCAGGACGGCGUCUCCGGCUUGCAAGUUCUCGGCCAGAACGGCAGAUGGAUCGCCGUCGAUCCUGUUCCUGGCAACUUGGUCAUCAACAUCGGCGACCAGAUUCAGGUGCUCAGUAAUGACCGAUACAAGAGCGCGCUCCACCGCGCGGUCGUGAAUAACUCCAUCGAAAGGAUUUCGGUGCCGACGUUCUAUUGCCCGUCCCCGGAGGCAGUGAUUAAGCCGGCGCCGGCGCUGGUAGACGAGGAGCACCCGGCUGCCUACCGUGAGUUCACGUACGGAGAGUACUAUGACAAGUUCUGGGAUAGAGGCAUACAACGAGAGAGCUGCCUCGACAUGUUCAGAGCCGCCAAUUUGUGAUCGAGUUUAAACAAGUGCCCUGAAUAAACAACGAGAGAGCUGCCUCUACAUGUUCAGAGCUCAGCUAUUCUAGUUGUCAUAUGACUCGUAUCAACCUUUGUACUUGAUAAUAUAUCCAGAAUAUAAAUUCGGCCUUCCUUACGAGUAACUAGUUCCUGGCCUGAUAAAUAAUUUUCAGCAAGCAUUUUUUAAAUAUUGUCUCAUCGUUUUAAAAUUGUUAAGAAAAAC